AUGGCAUCGCACACUGAAUCCGACAGCCUCCUCGUUGACACACUGUCCGGGCCAGUGGUGGGCUUCAUCGACACCUUCCCGCUGUCAGAGCGCUCGACGGCUAAUUCUUCAGCACCUGGAAGUCGAGCCCCUGUUUCCAAGUGGUUGGGCAUGUGGGAGAGACCUUCGGACCCUGACGAGUGGAAAUAUGUGCUAGAGUGUACCGAGUUUGGGCCAUCGUUUCCUCAGGGUCCGAGUCCCUUUGACAAGUUAUACAAGGACAAGGAGGGCUGGCUGUCACGCGAGUUCCUUGGCCAGUCUGAGGAAGCAUUCACUGUCAACGUCUUCGCACCUUCAGGGCAAAGGGAGAAUCUUCCCGUUCUAGUAGGCGAGAAUAUGGUGGAAAUUUCAACACGGGCACUGCCAACGCCCCAGUCCAUGAUCCAACAGAGUUUGUUCGUCACCAGGCUCGGAUCGGGAACCCAGUCAUGGUCGUUACCAGCAACUACAGGUAUUCUUCCAACGUGUUGCUACGAUAAUCUUCUUGCUGACAUGGCGGACAGAGUUGGGAUACUAGGGUUUCUUGCUACGAAAGAUCUUGUUGAUGUUAACGGCCACGUCGGGAACUUUGGUUUGUCACUCUCCCCAGUGCUUGUGUUCACCGCUCAUUGCCAAGGUUUACACGACUGUAUCAAAAUGUUUGAGUGGACUCGGAAGAACAUUGCCGCUUUCGGCGGCAAUCCCAACAAUGUCACAGCAAUUGGGGAGUCAGCUGGGGCGUUUGCCAUCUCUAUGCUGCUGCACUCGCAGAGAAGGUUAUUCCAAAAGGUUAUCCUAGAGUCUGGAAGCCAAAUGGUCAUGUCUCAACGCAAGGAGCCCUUUUUCCCAGUCUAUGACAAACUCCUCGAAUCUGUGGGUGUCGACAAUGCGUCCGAUGGCUCAGGGCCAAAGGAACGAGUGGAAGCUCUGAAAAGAGUGUCAGCUGAGCGUCUCGUCAAUGCGACAUCCCGUCUAUACUUUCGAGGCAUCUGGGGAAUCACCAGUGAUCCCAACGAACCAGGUUGGGAUGUUUCAAUGUGGCACCAACUUGAACGAGGUCAUUACGAUCCAUGGAUUACUGCGGCCAUCAUUAGUAUCAACAAAGACGAAGGCACAAUCUUCUGCGAAAAGGGAAAGGCGAGUCUCCUCCAUACCAAACCAACCAUAUCACUAACCAACUGUCUUUCAGGCCGGAAGAUGAAGGUCUAUGCAUGCCAGUUUGAAACGAUACCUCAAAGAUUGUUUGAGGGCAACGAGCAUUUAGGAAUACUUCACACCGGAGAGAUCCCCUUUGUGUUCAACACUGCAUCUCUCUGGGACUACGACGAGAAUCAUGCAGAUACCAAGACUGCUCUUGCUGUAGGAAUCAGAUGGUCUAGCUUUGCACAGUCAGGAGAUCCAGUCACUGACAGAUCUUUCUGGGCAGGCUGGCCUGCAUAUACAGCCAAGAGGGGAGAAAUGGUUGUGGUUAAACAAGGAGGCGCAUUCUUGCCUGGUAACUUGAACGAGCUGCGCAAGGAGCAUCGCGAAUUCUGGGAACCCGUCAAUUCGGAAGCCUCUCGUGCUUUUAUUUAA